GAGGAUGAGGUGAGGGUUGUUGCUGCUCCCGCUGGUCCUGCCGCCGUGUGGACACAACUCUGCGGGCUUGCAACCGCAGGAUCGGCCCCUCGCUUGGGCUCCUGCUCGUCUGGGAUGUUAAGCCGCCUUCGUCCUGUGAACGGGAAAGAAACCAGGUGUGAACAUGGAGUCAUGAGGAAGACAUCGCCAAGAUGACAAUCAGACAGGUUCUAUCUGGCCUGACCUCAUCCUGACACAUCCUCCUCCUCAUCAUCACAGCUCAUGGUGGACAUUUUAUAUAUAUAUAUAUUUUUUUUAAUUAAAAAAAAUUCUAAAAGAAUCAGGGACAUAAUUCUCCUCCAGGACGAGAUGACCAACCUCUUAACCUCAGUCUUCAUCCUAAAGCUGAUCUGAGAUCAGACCUGUUUCUGGUGGAACUACAUCCCCUGACCUCAUCAAAUUAAGCAAUUAUGGGAGACAGGAGCUGGGUAUGUCUGAGCCCGGCUGAGUUCAACCAGCUGCAACAGUACAGCGAGUACUCGACAAAGAAGUUAAGGGAUGUUCUCGAGGAGUUCCACGGUGAAGGAGUGCUCUCCAAAUACAACCCUGAGCAGCCAAUCGACUAUGAGGGCUUCCAGCUCUUCAUGGCCACCUACCUGGAGAACGACAUCCCGGAGGAGCUGUGUAAGCAUCUCUUCACCUCCUUCAAGAGCAAAACGGGCGGCACCUCGCCUGACCAUUGUCGAGCAGCAGGAAGCUUACUGGGCAUGAACGGUAAGAGCAUCCUGUCGGCGAUGGGUCGACACACGCCAGAGCUUGCCUGCGGCACCGGGGCCCCCGCCUCCCCUUGUUCGUCUCGCUCCUCCUCGCAGAGGUCCCGAACCGGGACCCGCACGCCCGGGGGACCCCACCGCUCUCCGUGCAGCCAGGUCAAGUCUUCCCAGAGCAGCAAUAACACCCUGACCCCCAACGCUGGCCCUGCCCGCUCGCCAGUGUCGCCCCCGAAACUCUCACCAGAGAGAAGCCGCUCUGAGAAGCCUUUGUCGCUGCGGAGGAGCCCAUCGCGCCACAAAGGAUCCCCUCAGUCAGUGCCGCAGGUGGUCUUCCUUAAGGACAUCGUCUGCUACCUUUCCCUGUUGGAGCGCGGCACGCCAGAGGACAAGCUGGAGUUCAUGUUCCGGCUGUACGACACGGACGGCAACGGCGUCCUGGACAGUUCGGAGCUGGACCGCAUCAUCAAUCAAAUGGUGCAUGUUGCCGAGUAUCUGGAGUGGGACUCGACAGAACUACGGCCGAUUCUGAAGGAAAUGAUGGAGGAGAUCGACUACGACCGGGACGGCACAGUCACCCUGGAAGAGUGGAUCCGAGGAGGCCUGACCACCAUCCCCUUACUGGUUCUGCUAGGCAUGGAUGCGAAUGUGCAGGAGGACGGCCAGCACGUUUGGCGCCUAAAGCACUUCAACAAACCGGCCUAUUGUAACUUUUGUCACACCAUGUUGCUGGGCGUGCGCAAGCAGGGCCUCUGUUGCUCCUUAUGCAAGUACACCGUGCACGAGCGCUGUGUGUCCAAAGACAUUGCCGCUUGCAUCAGCACCUACGCCAAAUCUCGCAGGCACACCAACGCUAUGCAGCACGUGUGGAUGGAGGGCAACUCCCCAACCAAGUGUGACCGAUGUCACAGGAGCAUCAAGUGUUACCAAGGCCUGACCGGCCUCCACUGUGUGUGGUGUCAGAUCACUCUCCACAACAAAUGCGCGUCCCACGUGAAGCCAGAGUGUGACGGAGGGGCCUUGAGGGACCAUACUCUGCUGCCCUCCUACAUUUGUCCUGUUGUCCUGGACCGCCAGUCAGUGGUGAAACGCGGCGAGGGCGAAUCGCCUCCCUGCAUCAGCCCGGACGACAUCAACCAGAUGCUCAAAUUCUGCCCUGGAGACGGGCAAGCCCUGCAGAUCUCACCCUUCCCAGGCACUCACCCGCUUUUGGUGCUGGUCAAUCCCAAAAGUGGCGGAAGACAAGGGGAACGGGUUCUCAGGAAGUUCCGGUACCUUCUCAACCCACGGCAGGUGCACAGUUUGGACCAAGGUGGCCCAGCGGUCAGGCUCAACUUUUUCCACGACGUCCCUGAUUUCCGAGUGCUUGCGUGCGGUGGCGACGGCACCGUGGGUUGGAUCCUGGACUGCAUAGACAAGGCCAACUUCGCUCGGCACCCCCCGGUGGCCAUCCUCCCGCUAGGGACAGGCAACGACCUGGCACGCUGCCUACGCUGGGGGGGAGGAUACGAGGGGGGCAGUUUGCUAAAGUUCCUGUGCGACAUCGAGCACAGCAUCGAGGUGGUGCUGGACCGCUGGAACAUCGACAUAGUGCCCGAUGACAAGGAGGAGAAGGGCGACCCGGUGCCCUACAACAUCGUCAACAACUACUUUUCUAUCGGAGUGGAUGCCUCCAUCGCCCAUCGCUUCCAUCUGAUGAGGGAGAAGCACCCGGAGAAGUUCAACAGCAGAAUGAAGAACAAGCUGUGGUACUUUGAGUUCGGCACCACUGAGACCAUUUCAGCCACUUGCAAGAAGCUCAACGAGUGCAUCGAGGUCGAGUGCGACGGGAUCAUAUUGGACCUGAGCAACACCUCCUUGGAGGGUAUUGCCGUGCUCAACAUUCCCAGCAUGCACGGCGGCUCCAACCUUUGGGGCGAGACCAAGAGGCGACGGAACUACAACCGCAUGAGCAAGAAGGUUCCCGACAGGAUGCCAGGCAGCACCGUCACCGACCCCAAAGAGCUCAAGUUUUGCGUGCAAGAUUUCAGCGACCAGCUGCUGGAGGUGGUGGGCCUGGAGGGCGCCAUCGAGAUGGGUCAGAUCUACACGGGACUGAAGAGGGCCGGGCGCCGCCUGGCUCAGUGUGCAAACGUCACCCUCAGGACAUCCCGUAGGCUGCCCAUGCAGAUUGACGGUGAGCCCUGGAUGCAGCCGCCAUGCACGAUCAGGAUCACCCACAAGAACCAGGUUCCCAUGUUGCUGGGUCCACCUCAGAAGACGCCCUUCUUUAUUUUCAAGAAGCGCACCCGCAGCCGGGACUAGAACACACACGUCUACAUGCAUCCACAGCAGACUCACUAUACAAUAACGAUAAAGCAAACAAAUAAACAUACACAAACUAUACAAUAUACAGUAUAUUGUACCGGCGGCUCAACCAGGUCUGAAGCUCUCUCAGUGAUGCCUCCAGUCAACUGCCAACACUCGGCAAAUGCCUGCCAAACAUGAAAACAACUGCAAAGGAAGUGAUGCAAGGACGACAACAGGAAGUUGCCUUCCGAGGCCAGCUUAGAACAAGUGGCGUGAAACACCAUCACAAAUAAUUCAGCAGCUUGUAUGAACGCUCGAUUCGGGAAAUGAAGCAGCUUCAUCCAUUAUUGAUCCCUUUUGUUGAGAGCUGGCUGGCAGUGGGUCGUCCGAAAUGGGAGCAAACAUGUCGGGAUUUUUGCAUCUCUUUAACUUCAGGCUGACUUCGGCGACACGGGCUUAAAAUUUGAAAGUUGAUAUUCGAGUGGUCCAAUUACUGUACAUCCCCUCAGGGACUAACAGCCAGGCCCCUGCAGGUUUUUAUGUACCAAAGCUAAAACUGUGAUCCCCCCCCUUUCUAAAUGCAUCCCGCUAUUUUGGGAAGAGUCUAAUUCGCCUCCCACGAAACAUGAAGCCUGAUUAUCGUGUGGAAAAGUGGCUUCGUGCUGCAUAUGUCCCAACUGUCAAAAGGUUAGAGAGAAUAUGUCAAACAUAAGUCCAACUGAAGAACUAUACAGUAUUUGUAUAUAUCAGGAAUGUAGGAUUAGAUCAUAUGUACUGUGCAUACAAUUCUCUUUUAAUAUAUCCUUGUCAUUGUUAGCUCAGCACUUCAUGUCAAUGUUGUUCACUAUCAUCACUGGGUCAAGAGGUUUACCCCUUAAGUCAAAUUCGCAUCCAUUUUUUUACUCAGCCGUUGGAAAUCAUUUUCGUUUUAAAAUGUCGGAAUGAUUAAAUUAUCUCGACUUAAAAAGUUAUGAGGGUGACUUAUGGAAGUUAAAUGCAUACAGAAAUACUGGUCAGCUGUUUGGAAUUCUACACCAUUUUCCCAUCAUAAGAAAUAUCGUAAAUCAAACUGUCACCACGCAAUUUGUCGAUGUAAUUUUAAUAUUCAGGAUGCUGGUACAAUUGUACAAAUAAGACGAAUAGAUAAAACAAUAAAUAAUUACUAAAUAAUGUAAUGAAAGUGAAUCGCAUAUAUUAGAUAUAAGAUGAUGCUGGAAUCUGGAAGUGGGUCCGCUUACCUCAAGAACUUCCCGUAAAAACCGAUAAAGCAAAACACAAAAUAAAUCCUUUAAUGCACGUUGAACUGACCUUGCAUUUCAAACUCGUUUCUUUGCGGGACCAUUUUUUCACCACGCAAAAAUUGGCAUAUGACAAUUUUAAAGUAACAUUCAAGGAUAAGAAUUAGUCAACCGUCUUAUUUUUUUUUUAAAACAUUCUCAAUCGUCCCACACAUAAAAAGAUCCUAACUACUGCACUAUAAAACAUACAAACAACAAACUGCUCUACAUUAACUUUAACAACAAGUGACGACACAUACAGUUUGGUGACAAUGACCUCUUAAUUCUGUGACAGUGACGUGACUUGCUGUGUGGGUUCCUCAGUUUAUGAUGGUACUGACAUACGACGUAAAAAUAAUUACGAAUGGUGUGCGAUGAACUAGUUUGCACAGCAGCAUAAGAAUAUGACAUCACGCAGCACAAGAAGACACUCAGUUACUGCAAUUAUGACCGUUUUUCAUUGGAUUGUUUUAUAUUUAUGGCCAACAAGUGUUUUUCAUUCAAAUAUUUCAUGUAAUUAUGACUUUACAACUAUAUUAGCAUAGGUUAGUGUUAGAUUGUGGCAUGUUCCGAUUCCGCACAAAUUUGGGUUGGCGUUGCCACUGUAGCCGCUUAACUUCAUGAAGUAAGUAUCCCUGUAUGUCGUUCAGAUUUGGUAGCAAUCAGAUAAAAUCUCAAGGACACGGAAGUGGGUUACACCCAGUGUUGGUAAUUUCGUGAACCAGCACACCCCAGCACAACUAAAAGAGGGACGUCUGCAUGUUGCGGGCGGGAUCACAGCCGACUUCAAUCCUGCCCAAUCACAGCAGCUCCUCUCAUUCGCUUUAAAUGUGCCGCACUAGAAACGCACAGUCUUUGAUAUGGCAGAAGAAGCAACUGAUUUGCUCGAGUCCAGGAUGUUAUUGAUUUUAACAAUAUAAUAAUGAUGGCAAAAGAACAAACCCCAAUUCCAAUGAGGUUGAGGCAUUCUGUAAAAUGUAAAUAAAAACAGAAUACAGUGAUUUGCCAAUCCUUUUCAACCUAUAUUCAGUUGAAUACAGUACAGAGACAAGAUAUUUCAUGUUCAAACUGAUAAAACUGUUUUGUUUUUGUUUUUUUGUGCAAAUAUUCACUCAUUUUGAGCGUGAUGCCUGAAACACGUUCCAAAAAAGCUAGGACAGGGGCAUGAUUACCACUGUGUUACAUUACCUUUCCUUUUCACAACACUCAAUAAGAGUUUGGGAACUGAGGACACAAAUUGUUGAAGCUUUGUCAGUGAAAUUCUUUCCCAUUAUUGCUCGAUGUACAACUUCAGUUGCUCAACAAUCCAGGGUCUCCGUUGUCGCAGUUUGAAUUUCAUAAUGUGCUACACAUCUUAAAUGGGAGACAGUUCUGGACUUCUGGCAGGACAGUCUAGUAUUCACAACCUUUUACUAUGAAGCUACACUGUUGUAACACAUGCAGAAUGUGCCUUGGCAUUGUCCUGCUGAUGUUGCUUAGAUAGAUGGCAGCAUAUCUUGCUCCAAAACCUGUGUGUACAGUACCUUUUAGCAGUAAUGGUGCCUUCACAGAUGUGAAAAUUACCCAUGCCAUGGGCACUAACGCACCCCCUUAUCAUCACAGAUGCUGGCUUUUAAACUUUGCACUGAUAACAAUCCAGAUGGUCCUUUUCCUCUUUGGCCCUGAGGACUCAAUGUCCAUGAGUUCUAAGUACAAUUUGAAAUGUGGACUCAUCAGACCACAGCACACUUUUCCACUUUGCGACAGUCCAUCUCAGAUGAGCUCAGGCGCAGAGACGCCAGCGGCAUUUGGAGAUGUUGUUGACACAGUGUAUGGCUUUCACUUUGCAUGGAAGAGAUUUAACUUGCAUAAGUAGAUGUAGCAACAAACUGUGUUAACUGACAAUGGUUUUCUGAAGUAUUCCUGAGCCCACAUAGCAAUAUUCUUUGCACAAUGAUGCCGGUUUUUAAUGCAGUGCCGCCUGAGGGAUCUAAGGUCACGGGCAUUCUAUAUUGGUUUCGACACUGCUGCUUACUGAAUCAUUUGAUGACAUUAGGGAACGUAGAUAAUGAAAUGUUGAACUGAACAAAUGAGCCUUUCGCGGAUGGACAUGAUACGAACCUGUUUCCAAUUAAUCUGUUCACCUGUGGAAUGUUCCAAACAGGUGCUUUUUGAGCAUUUCUCAACUUUCCCAAUCUUUUGUUGCCCCAGUCCCAUCUUUUUGGGAACAUGUUGCAGGCAUCAAAUUCAUCAAAUGAGAGCAUAUUUGCAACAACAACAAAACAUAUUUGCAACAACAACAAAACAGUUUAUCAGUUUGAACAUUAUCUUGUCUUUGUGGUGUGUUUAAUUAAAUAUAGGUUGAAAAGGAUUUGCAAUUUAGUAUUCUGUUUUAUUUACAUUUUACACAACGUCCUUACUUCAUUGAUGUUUGUAAUAAUCCCAGUAAUAAUCCCAGUAAUGGUCCCAGCAGGUCUAGGUUUGGACCGACUUUCUGCUACCAAAUUGUCACAUGGGCGCAUGUCAAUAGACAAACCCUCGUUGAGCUGGAACGUUCAGCUUGUCGCAGACCGGUCUGCCAAAUUGGCAAACGCAUUACAAGUUUUGCGCUUGUACGAAAAUCAGAAUCUGAAGGAAUUUGCACCUUGCCAUAGAUGCGCUGUGUACGAAAGUAGAGCCCAUUGUCUUUAGCUGUAGCUGUCCAAUGCAAAAUACCAUGAAACACAAAAACAAAUUGUUUCGCUGUGUUUCGGAAUAAGAAAUAAAAAAAACGCCAAAAUUUGGAGAUACUGUACAUGUUUUUCAGCAGCUCGCUUGUAAUGCUGACAUGAUAGGGAUGCGAUUGCUCGGAAUUCGACUUUUGGGGAUAACCAUCUCAGUCCAAUGUUGUUUGCAAGAUGCUCGGUGUGAGAUGAAUGAAGAUGCGCUAAGGUGUGAGGCUUUGUGGCCUUUACACCAGGUUUUCCCUUUAAAAACACACUGAUUUUCACUUCAACUUAUCAAUGCUGAUACAAAAACACUGAGACUGUAUAUCACAUAAAGUGCUUCUUGUAUGUAUGUGUGUGUGUGUGUGUGUGUGCGUGCGUGUGUGAGAGGUGGGGAGUCGAUCUCGUGUUUACUAUACCGUCACAUUUACUGUUCAAACAAUGUCGUAGACCACUAUAACCACACUGAAUGUACAUACAAUACUUGUCAGUGACAUUUGAUGUGCCGUCAUCUAACCACAUGCCUGCUGUAACAACAAUAGAGUGAACAAAAUAAGAGGAGAUACUCAAAAAAAGUCGUCUUGGCUUGAUUUAUUUAUUAUUUUAAACAGCAAG